CCCUCGCACUCGAUGCACAUGGCUUGGACAGAUUACGCAUCGUUUAUGCAUGCUUCCAGUUGUCAGACGUCACGUUUUGAAAUAGAUAGAAGCAUGUUAUCGGACGAAGAGAAUGAUGAAUUACAAGAUCUAGAAGCGAUACGCGACAAAAUGCUUAACACUCCGCGUAGCGAGCGUAUGCAAGUGAGCGCCUGGGAGGACGACGACGAUGGUGUGGAAGCCGCACGUAACGCGAGAGAUCCUGAUGCUAAGGCCAUGUUGAACGCUGCUGAAAAGGGAAAUCUGGAGAAAAUUAAGAAAUUAUUGAGUCAAAACUACCUCUUAUUGAAUUGCACUGAUAAAGAUGGAUAUACUCCGCUUCACAGGGCAUGUUAUGGCAAUAAUGUGGAAGUAGUGGAGUAUUUACUUGAAGCAGGAGCAAAAAUAGAUGCUAAAACUCAAGAUGAUUGGCAACCUCUGCACUCUGCAUGUUGUUGGAACAAUACAGAAUGUGCUGAGAUCUUAAUUACAAACGGAGCUGAUAUCAAUGCUAAGAGCAAAGGGGAUCAAACGCCUUUACAUUUAGUUUCUGCUAGUUCGCACAACUCUCCUGCGCUACAGCUUCUCCUGUUGCAUGCUGAUACAAAUCCUCGUUUGAUCAACUCAAGUGGGGAUACUGCAGAUCAAAUUGCAAGGAGAACGACGAAAUAUUACCCUAUGUAUGAAAUAAUUGAGCCCUGCUUAAAUGAAAUUUAAGGUAAGCAAUUAUGCUGGAUAAAUAAGAUUCAGUAUGUUUUAUUGCAAUAAAGAUUUAUUUGGUAUACAUAUACAUAUAUACAUACAUUCGUACAGAGAUAUGAGGCAUGAGGAAUGCAACCAUGAGAAAAACGAAUAGUUCGUGUAAAUGUGUCUUGUCGCUGUAUUAUUCUAUAAAAAUUUAUGUAUAUAAAUUACAUUAUGAAAUAAGACACAUAAUCUAUAUGAAUAUGAUCCAAUAUAAAAGCAUAUAUAAAAAAAUAUAAGUCGAAAUAUAUAAUCACUAUUAUUAUAUCGGAAGAGUCGAUAAAAAUAAUACUUCAUCGCAUUGUUCAUCGUUUCUUCAAUACAUGUCAUGAUUGUAAUUGUAAAAAAAAAGAUUCGAGCAUGAUUAUAGUAAUAAACGUAUUAAUCC